GAUAGUUAUUCAGCUGCACAUCAAAUCCAAAUUUUGAAGUGUGGCGUUCCACCUGAUGAGGAAACAUGGCAGAGAUACGAGGAUUUCCAAAUAAUUGGAACUUUUGACACGUAUGAAGAAGCAAGAACAAGUCUUCCCCGUGUUGAAACUGGCCUGCCCAUUCUUAAUCAAGAAAACUCAGGCAGAGGAAAACGAGUCCCUAAAAGGAAGAAACUAAAUAUACCUGGACAAUCAACAACAGAAAUAGACAGUGAGGAAGAGUCUCUCAGCCCACCUAAAAAAUCAGCACCCAGCAAAGGAAAGACGAUUAAGAAAGCCUCCCAUACAAACUCUGCCAAAGGAACGGCCACUUCUACUUUGCUUCCAAUACCUCCUAGAGCCUUGUUGGUUUCUAAACAAUCCAGCAAUGCUUCAACGUCAACUAAAAAGGAUAAUUGAUUUUGAACUUUUAACAAACCUAUAAACCAAGUCUUAUUGUCAUUUCGUUUAGUCAUUGCUGCUGCUUCUACUAGUAAGAGAGGUUCCUCCAGUUCUGAUAAACGUUUGUCUUCUAAUGCUGUGGUCCUUUCGUCAAAUUCGUCUCUUGAAAAAUUUUCGUUACCUCAUAGCGAUAUGUCAAGUCUGGAAGCGUUAAUAGUGCGUUCCAAUGCCGAAGUUCUGUCAUUGAAUGCGCCUGAAGAUACAUCGUAUCCUGUGCAUUUGCCAAGUCAACAAUCGUUUCAACCUGAAGAUUCGUCGUCUCCUGUGGAUAUGCAAAUUCAACAGUCGAUUCAGUCUGGUAAUUCCGACGACUCAUAUGGAACCCACCAGUUCGAAAAUAUGCAUCCGCAAUUUAAUUACAAUGGUGGUCAUUACAACUGGGGAAUGCAGCAGCCGUACUGGAACUAUAAUUCACAUUUAAUGAAUUCUUCUUAUCAAACACCAUCAACUGUCCCUGAAUUUCCGAGCCAGCAAAAUAUUGGAGCAAUAACAAGCUAUAGGCCAAAUGAAUCACAUCAUCUGCAACUUCAUGCUGAAAGUAGUUCCGGCCCUUCUACAUCCCGAGAUUCUUCGUCUUAUUAUGCUAUGGAUUCUCCAUCGUCUCUACCCAUUCCAAAGAAAGUCAAUCACGACAAAGAGAAAUACUUCUCUGACCUUGCGAAGAUUAAUGAAAAGUUGUCUAUGAUCGAUAAAAAAAUUAAUCGAGUUGACGAAUGCAUUGAGGAAAUAGAUGAAGGCAUUGCUUCUCUUCCAUUAAAAAACUUAGUAAGCAUUCGAAAAAAUUUUGAAAAAAGAUGAAAAUCUGAAGAAGCUAAUAGUCCAAAAAAUCCGUCUGUCAGGAAAAAAGAAUUCCAAAAAUUCUGAAGGCGACUAUGUACAAAGAGCGUGGAGAACAGUAUUUGAAGAUUCACUCUCUAAGGAUGUAAAUUGGCUUGGGAGACGUGAUAAGAGAGUAAACGGCGGAAUGGGAAAAAAAGGAAUCCACUCUUGUCGUAUAACGGAAUUAGUAAGAGUUGGAAUCAUCUCCAAUUCAAAGUUUAAAGAUCUGGAAAAAGAAGUGUUCGUCGCUGAAACCAAAUCGUAUCUUCAUAAUGCAAAAGGGCAAUUUGUGGCAGAACAAGCGAAACUUGCGGCGGAAGACAACAGCAGCGAUUCUAAUUAAUAAUAAGACUUGAAUGUCUUCCUGUCACAGUUUGUAACUUGUGUUUCUUUGCCAAUUG